AUGUCUUGUAAAGCCGCCACCAAGGACAAGAAGACGAGCUUCGGAAAAAAGCUUUUCAGGCGAGGCUCGGUGCGCUCCGUGGGUAGUUUUAUGAGCAGAGUCUUGAGGACGCUCACAGCCUUGUCUCACUUUGGUUCGGAAGUGCAUACGGACGAAGACAAUGACGAUGGGGGCUUCUCCGCGUUUCAGUCCGGACUUCAGGAAGCACCUUUGCACGACGGUGACCUCGGGCUGUUGCUCUCCGGCGAGAGGAUUCCUGGCGUGGCCGGGUUGAAGAACCAUGGCAAUACCUGCUUCAUGAAUGCUAUUCUGCAAUGCCUCAGCAACACGGAGCUUUUUGCCGAGUACCUCGUCUUGGAGCACUACAGGGAAGACACGGCAAACGAGGAGGACAAACCAAAGACAAAUGGUGUCCAUCUGCAGAAGAAAGGUUCCCAGGCCAAGGGGGAAGUGACAGAACAACUGUCUGACCUUGUACGGGCCUUGUGGACCUUUGAGUACACCCCCCAACACAGCCGAGACUUUAAGAACGCGGUGUCCAGGAAUGCUACUCAGUUUAAAGGUAACUCUCAGCAUGACGCCCAGGAGUUCCUACUGUGGCUGUUGGACCGAGUGCACGAGGACCUCAACACUGUCAACCCCAUGGGCAGGCCACCCUUGAGGCCACCUAUCGAAGAAGAUGACCAAACCAAAGAGGGACCCUCCCCGCCCCUCUCGGCUGGUUCAUUUGUUCAGGAGCUCUUCCAGGCUCAGUACAGGUCUUCCCUCACCUGCCCCCAUUGCCAAAAACAGAGCAAUACCUUUGACCCCUUCCUCUGCAUCUCCUUACCCAUCCCACUGCCACACACGCGGCCGCUAUACAUCACAGUGGUCUACCAGGGAAAGUACUCUCACUGUUUGAGGAUAGGAGUGGCAGUACCCCUUAACAGCACAGUGUACCGCCUCCGAGACGCCGUUUCGCGAGAGACCAAGAUGCCAAUGGACCAGUUCAUUCUAACUGAAAUGUACUACGACGGCUUCCAUCGUUCCUUCUGUGACGAUGACGACGACCUGGAUAUCAUCCAAGAGAGCGACUCCAUCUUUGCCUUCGAGACACCGGAGACAUUUAAACUGGACAACCUACGCACAAAAAGAGGAAGUCUACUGGCCAACCUGACACACAACAACUUGAGGUGCGGUGUGGAAAAUGUCCGCUCGUCAUCUUUUAUGCAGGGGAGUGGGACCCCUAUGGCAUCGCCCAAUAAGAACCUUGCACCUGAAAAAAUGAUCCUGCUGGUGUGCAACAGAGCCUGCACAGGACACCAGGCAAAAAGGUUUGGACUGCCUUUUGUACUUUACAUGGAGCGAACAGCCACGUGGGACAUGCUGCAGAAGGAGAUACUGGAAAAAAUGCGGCACCUUUUACGACCAGGUGUUUACAUUCAGGUGGGGCCUUUCAGCCUCCGCGUGGUUGGCGUUGUUGGGAUCACCUACCUCCUCCCACAAGAUGAGCGACCCUUGUGUCACCCCACAGUUGACAGAGCAUACAAGUCCUGUGGACAGGGUGGACCGCCCCAUGUGAAGAUUGUGGUGGAGUGGGACAAAGAAACCAAAGACUAUCUGUUUGGACACACGGAGGAGGAGUACAUACCCGACGCUGAGAGUGUGUACCUGCACAGAGAGCAGCACCACCAGCCACAGGCCUGUACUCUGGCUCAGUGUUUCCAUGUCUACACUAAAGAGGAGCAGCUGGCCCCGGAUGACGCCUGGCGUUGCCCCCAUUGCAAACAGCUGCAACAGGGGCGCAUCAAGCUCAGCCUGUGGACGCUGCCGGAUGUGCUCAUACUGCAUCUCAAAAGGUUUAGGCAGGAGGGUGAGCGCAGGGUGAAAAUGCAGAAUAUGGUGAGGUUUCCUCUCAUGGGUAUGGACAUGGCACCUCACAUGGUGAAGAGAAGCCAGAGCAGCUGGAGUCUACCCUCUCACUGGUCACCGUGGAGAAGACCCUACGGCCUGGGAAGGAACCCUGAUGACUUUCUGUACGAUCUCUACGCUGUAUGCAACCACCACGGAAGCAUGCAUGGGGGCCAUUACACUGCUUACUGCAAAAACUCAGUUGACGGUCAGUGGUACUGCUUUGACGACAGCGAGGUUGCACCGGUGGCUGAUGAAGAUGUGUGUCAACAGACUGCCUACAUAUUGUUUUAUCAACGCAGGACUGCCAUUCCCUCCUGGUCUGCCAAUAGCUCUGUUGCAGGGUCUACCAGUUCUUCUCUGUGCGACCACUGGAUCAACAGGCUGCCUGGUAGCAAACCUGCUAGUCUAGCGUCCGGGGCCUCAUCUAGACGCACCUCACUGGCUUCGCUGGCGGAGUCGGUGGAGUUCGCUGGAGAACGUAGUGAAGACGAUGGUGGUUUCUCCGUGCGACCCUUCGUGAGGAGCAUCCAACGUCAGAGCGUGACUUCCAGAUCGUCAAUUGCCAGCCCGUUGGCCUUCAGCGACAGCAGUAUCAAGCCCUCGUGGUCGCUUGCAGCCAAGCUUCAAAUGCGCCCCAACUCGCCCUCUCGUUUCUCCCUGGACUCGCGUUGCUCUCCGCCUCUGGAGAGGAUCGGCGAGGCUUGCGACGACCGUGUGUCCACUUCCUGUUUUGGCAGCUACAGCCGACACGAACGCUACUUCGGUGCUAGGACGCCACUGUCCGCGGUGGAAACCAACUACAGCGAGCAAGAGAAUAACAAAAGAUUUCUGGACAUGAUGUAUUGCCGUGCUCCUACGCCUGUGGAGAAGACGACGGAAAACAACAACCAGAUUACAGCGAUAGACCAAAAUAUUCAAAAUGCCCCUGCCAAGGAGCAGAAGCGUAAGAGCAGCACUGGCAGUUUUGUCUCCAAGGCGGAAAGCGCUGGCGCCACCAAAACCACCAAAGUGGAGCCAGGAAAAACUUCUAAGAAGCGCCUAUGCUCCACCCAAAAACCUUCGCCUUUGGAGACGCCCACAAGCACACCUGUGAAAGGUAAAAAGGUGACCACCGCUAAAGAUAAGAGCGACAAGAAAAGCCCCUCUACACCCAGCGGGACCCCCUCCAAAACCAAGGAGUCGCUCCAGCCUCAGUCCACGCCGCAACAUCGGCUCUGCUUGCGCUCCACACCUCAAUCGUCAGCGUCGCCUUCCUCAACAACUAAGAAGAACCCUGGUGUUCCUGAGAAAAACUCAGAGAACAGCCGCAAGCGUCUGGUCGAGAGGAGCUACAGUCGGGAUUCUGUGGUCAGCAUGCAGCGAGAAAGCGUCACGGCACGCUCUUCUUUCCACAAGGCAGCGGACGGCAGCCGGCCCGAGCCAAGGUCAGUACGCAGCUCCAGCAGCAGCUCCUCCGUCACCAGCUUGCGCUCGCCCAGUGUGUCCUCCAGAGACCUGCAGCGAAGCAGCAAGUCGGAGGAGAAAGGCUUGUCCUUUUUCAAGAGUGCCCUGCGACAACGGGAAAGCCGCCGGUCGGCUGACUUGGGGAAGAGCACGCUGCUCUUCAAAAAGGCCUCGGAGAGGACGUGCAAGCAGAACGGACAGGUCAAGGAUGCUGGCGUUGAACAUGAAACAGCAUCGGACGCCCCGGCUCUUCCGCCGAAUGCUGAAACUACAAAAUCGGAACCCCUCAAGCCUUCGGGCCCACUCGGUCGAUCCCUGCUGCACGUCGGUAAGUCAAAAUCUUCCUCGGCCGACGUGAGUCUCAAGUCUCCCGCUAACGGGAAGAAGCCCCUCGAAAAGAAGACGUCUUCCCGGAAACUGUCGCUAGGCACGCAAUCGCCCGCGCGAGCCACCCGGCGGCCUCAGUGA